AUGGAUUAUGAUAUAUUUGUAGAUCAGAAUGAUAAAAGGAUAAAAGAUCUGGAGAAUGAUGUAAAGAUUAUGAUUGCGGUGAUAGAAAGUCUUGUGUUAAAAAAUGAAAGACUUCGGAAAAUAACGAGGGAUUUGGAAGAGGAUAAGAAGUUGAAAGACAAGAAGAUGGAAAUGCUUUACAAGGUGUUAGAGAGGAGAUUGGGAAUAAAUAUUGAAGUUGAGUUCAAUAAGAUCGAGAUUGAAGAAGCUGAGGCUAGAAAUGCUGAAAGAGUCAGAAAAGCUGCAUCAGAACCAGAGGUGGUUAUUAUUGAUAAGGGCAAAAAUCCUAUUGAUGUUAUUCCUGAAGUACGCCCUGAGCUUGAGAAAGAGCCUGAACCAAUAGACAUUACAAAGUUCAUCCUUGUACCUAGUACUAAAGAACCAGAAGAGGAAGAAGAGAAAGAGGAUGAUGAAGAGAUAGACGACAAAGGUCCUGAUCAUGAUGAUGACGAUAAGGGUGAUGAUGAUAAUAAUACUCAAGGUAGAACUGGGUUGAUAGUGUAUGAGCCGAAAUCUUCAGAAUCAGAUGCACAAAACAAAUAUAUGAAUGAUGCUGAAAAUCAGAAGAACUUGUAUAAUACCCCAGAUAUCAAAUAG